AUGUCAGACUGUUUGAAUCCAUUUGCUGCCCUUUUGCAACCAGCACAACUUGCGGCAGCCUUUCAACAAAACAAUGCGGAUAUAGCUGCAUUGUCGAACACCAACUCAUCCCCUCCAUACUCGCAAGCGGGUACAGAACAGAUGCAGUACUCAACGCCGGAGUCAUGUACAGAUCAGCGGACUGAAACACCGUCAUCUGAUCAGUUGAAUGCUGAGUUCAGUACCACCAAUGACUACUCGCCUGACAACGGCAUCGGAUCCGAUAGGGAUCCAUCACCAGACUGUGUCUCGACCUCAUCCGGUGAACCGCAUCUGCUCGGUACGAAAGCUAUUUCGGCUGAAGAUGCAGAAUUGCAGCGACAAAUCCUUCGCCUGCAAUCGUUUAACAAUGACCUGAAUGCUGACAAAAAACCUGCCUUAAACCUGCUGUCAUCAUUCCACAACAAUCCAUUGCUAGCUGAAAAAUUGGCCAACUGUAUGAUACCUGGUAUGCCUACACCACCAUCAGCUACAGUACCGUUAGCCGCUUCAUUGGGUCAGACCCCUACUACACAUGAAGUGACGCCAACGAAACGGAAACGACAACGGAGAAAUCCAGUAUGGCCGUAUUUUGAUGUCGUUGAUGGUACGGCACGAUGCAAGCAAUGUUUGUACAGCACAAAAUCGGUGUUCAGUACGAAUUUGAAAGUGCACCUACGAUCGCAUCAUCGUGCCGAUUACGAAAAGGUGAUUCAAGCUGAAGACGCCUUAAAUCUUAAUGCCUUGCUUUUGAGCGGCAAUUCUAGUAAAUUAUUCUCGACCGAUCUUACACGGAAGCGAAUGCCACCGAUGACGAGCAGCAUACUGAUGACGAUCAAUAAAUUGGCAAGCCAAUCAGCAGCCGACGACAACCCUCUGAACAGUGUAUUGCGACAAACCUUAGCUGCCGGUACACUGAACCAGCAACUACAACAAGUUCAAAAUCAAUUGCAGAAGCAACAGCAACAGCAGCAGCAACAACAACAGCAACAACAGCAACAACAACUAGCUCAACAACAACAACAGCAACAGGCUCAACAACAGCAACAAGUACCGUUGACGUUGAACGCUGCCAAUUUGGCCGCAUUGAACCAGAUGGCUCGGAAUCAGUUGAACAACGCUUCACAACAUUGGCUCAAAGCGGAAUUUGCAGACCUUCCAUCUGCCCCGCAUGGAACCGAUGCAAACGGUAUGCCACAGCCGAAACGUCGUCGUCUACGCCGGCAUCCUGUUUGGAUGUUCUUCAAAGAUCUCGAAGACCGCAUGGUUGGAUGUAUCAACUGCAGUUUCCGUACCGGUUCAGCGUUCAGUACAAAUUUGAAGAUGCAUUUGAAAGCCCAUCAUAAGGAGGAUUAUGAAAGGGUACUGAAGCUCGAAGGUGAUAUGCGUGUCGAGGAGAAUGUCACUGGUCCACCAAAUAAAAUCAAAAAUGAACUGAUUGAUUUUAUACGUGGCGGAGGGAAUGCUAGCACAGCUACCGCUGGUGAGUAUGCCGUUUCCCACGUUUCCUCGCCCUUGAUGAAGUCCCCAUUCUGGCAUAUACUUUGUAGGGAUCAGUUCAUGAGGCAGCAGGCAAAGUUCUUGCAGAGCACCAGGGGAAGUGCAUGA